CGUAUAAAAGGCUCACUAGCCUCACCUCUUUCACCAUCCCAUUUCAUUAUUUGCGUUCAUUUGAUUUUCUGGGUUCCCCCCCCCCCCCUUAUUUUUAGUAUCAGCAUUGUCUUUUUUUCUUCUUUAGUUUUGCCUUGUUGAAAGCUCAAGUUCGAAGAAAUGGCUGAGCGUGCUCUCACUCGCGUCCACAGUCUCCGUGAGCGUUUGGAUUCCACACUUACCGCCCACAGGAACGAGAUUUUGGCUUUGCUCUCAAGGAUUGAAGGUAAAGGAAAAGGAAUCCUUCUUCACCAUCAAAUCAUUCUUGAGUUUGAAGCUAUCCCUGAAGAGAACCGAAAGAAAUUAGCUGAUGGUGCAUUUUUUGAAAUACUGAAAGCCAGUCAGGAAGCCAUCGUGUUGCCGCCGUGGGUGGCGCUGGCCGUCCGACCAAGACCUGGUGUUUGGGAGUACAUUAGAGUUAAUGUUCAUGCUCUUGUUGUUGAAGAACUCACUGUUGCUGAGUAUCUUCGUUUCAAGGAAGAGCUUGUUGAUGGAAGUUCAAAUGCAAACUUUGUUUUGGAACUGGAUUUCGAGCCCUUCAACGCGUCGUUCCCUCGCCCGACUCUUUCGAAAUCAAUCGGUAACGGCGUCGAGUUCCUUAAUCGCCACCUUUCGGCCAAACUGUUCCAUGACAAGGAGAGCAUGCACCCUUUGCUUGAAUUCCUGAAAGUCCAUUGUCAUAAGGGCAAGAACAUGAUGUUGAAUGAUAGGAUUCAAAACUUGAAUUCUCUCCAACAUGUUUUGAGGAAGGCAGAGGAGUAUCUUGUUGCGCUGCCGGCUGAGACUUCUUAUGCCGAUUUCGAACACAAGUUCCAGGAGAUUGGUUUGGAGAGAGGGUGGGGUGAUACAGCUGAGCGUGUGCUCGAGAUGAUCCAACUCCUUUUGGAUCUUCUCGAGGCACCCGAUCCUUGCACCCUUGAGAAGUUCCUCGGGAGAAUUCCCAUGGUGUUCAAUGUCGUGAUUCUUACACCUCACGGUUACUUUGCUCAGGACAAUGUUUUGGGGUAUCCCGACACCGGUGGCCAGGUUGUUUACAUCUUGGAUCAAGUCCGUGCCUUGGAGAACGAAAUGCUCAACCGUAUCAAGCAACAAGGACUCAAUAUUACCCCUCGUAUUCUCAUCAUUACUCGACUUCUCCCUGAUGCCGUGGGAACAACUUGCGGUCAACGGCUCGAGAAAGUAUACGGGACGGAGUACUCGGAUAUUCUUCGGAUACCCUUCAGAACAGAGAAGGGAAUCGUACGUAGAUGGAUCUCGAGAUUUGAAGUCUGGCCUUACUUGGAAACUUACACUGAGGAUGUUGCUCAUGAGAUUUCAAAAGAGUUGCAAGGCAAGCCCGAUUUAAUCAUCGGAAACUACAGUGAUGGUAAUAUCGUCGCCUCCUUGCUGGCACAUAAGUUGGGAGUUACACAGUGUACGAUUGCCCACGCUUUGGAGAAGACAAAGUAUCCAGAUUCCGACAUCUACUGGAAGAAGCUCGAGGAUAAAUAUCAUUUCUCCUGCCAAUUUACAGCUGAUCUUUUCGCUAUGAACCAUACGGAUUUCAUCAUCACCAGUACCUUCCAAGAAAUUGCCGGAAGCAAGGACACUGUUGGUCAAUACGAGAGUCACACUGCUUUCACUCUUCCUGGUCUCUACCGUGUUGUUCACGGAAUUGACGUGUUUGAUCCUAAAUUCAACAUUGUGUCCCCUGGUGCCGACAUGAGCAUAUACUACCCUUACACCGAGGAGAAGAAGAGGUUGAAGCAUUUCCAUUCCGAGAUCGAACAACUUCUUUACAGCAAAGUUGAAAAUGAAGAGCACUGGUGUGUGCUAAACGACCGCAACAAGCCAAUUCUAUUUACAAUGGCAAGGCUGGAUCGUGUUAAGAAUUUAAGUGGACUUGUUGAAUGGUACGGGAAGAAUGCUAAGUUGCGUGAAUUGGUUAACCUUGUAGUUGUCGGUGGAGAUCGGAGAAAAGAGUCCAAGGAUUUGGAAGAGAAGGCUGAGAUGAAGAAGAUGUUCGAGCUCAUUGAGAAGUACAAGCUGAACGGUCAGUUCAGAUGGAUAUCAUCCCAAAUGAACAGAGUUAGGAACGGUGAACUUUACCGUUACAUUUGUGACACAAAGGGUGCCUUCGUACAACCCGCAUUAUAUGAAGCCUUUGGGUUGACUGUCGUUGAGGCCAUGACUUGUGGUUUGCCGACAUUCGCAACUUGCAAUGGUGGACCUGCCGAGAUUAUCGUUCACGGUAAAUCCGGCUUCAACAUUGAUCCUUACCACGGCGACCAAGCUGCUGAGAUCCUUGUCGACUUCUUCGAGAAAUGCAAGACAGACCCAUCUUACUGGACCAAAAUCUCUGAGGGAGGUUUGAAACGUAUCGAAGAGAAGUACACAUGGAAAAUUUACUCUGAGAGACUAUUAACCUUGACCGGUGUCUACGGGUUCUGGAAGCAUGUGUCCAACCUCGACCGCCUCGAGAGCCGUCGUUACCUUGAGAUGUUUUACGCUCUUAAGUACCGUAAGCUGGCCGAAUCGGUACCUUUGGCAGUUGAAGAGUAAAUUGAAGUUGCCGGGGAAAGAACUGGGAGGGAUUUCCGAGUUCUUGAGAAUAAUCUUUGUUGUUUUGGCAUUUUGAUCCAACUCUUUUGUUUUCUCUUUUCUUUAAUGUGUAUUUGUUUUUGUUCAUGUUUUGGGCAUUGUUUCAACAUCUGGGCGUUGAGCCCAUCAAUUCUAGUAAAGUAAAACAUGGCAACUUUUGCUUCA